UGUUGGCCACCAGCUCUAGGACUCAGGCCGGGAGGCACCUGCCAAGGGCUGCUGCACAGGGCGUGUUUGCGAAGCCCUUUCACUUAACCAAAAGCGGCCUGCUGCUGGCCAGCCGGGAGACCCCCUGGGACCUGCUGCGGCGUCUGUGUGCGCUCGCUGGCACGUGUGCGGGAACUCCAGCCAACUGGCCCGAGGGUGGGUGGGUGUGUGUGUGUGAGAGGGGGGCGGUGAUGGAAGGAGGAAACUCCGCCGCUCCGAACGGCCCGUGAAGAGCCGCGGCAGCCGCAGGGGGACACCGGAGUCGCGUCACUCUCAAGCGGAGCAACCUCUGCCUGGCGGGGAGCGGCCGGCAGCGCCCUCUGUUCCCUGGCUGCGGAGAGCAGCCGCUGCGUGCACAGGCGAAGGGGCAGCGGCUCUUAUCUGAGCCACAGCGUCUCCCGCUUCCUUCCCCUGCGGCAGCGACACCCAGCAGAGGGGUUUGCGCUGUUCAUUCAAUCGCUCAGCCGCGGGCGGUCCCCAUUGGGGGAAAUGACCCACGCUGCAUCCAGAGUUGGGGGUUUGUCUGCGACAAGAAAAGUUAAAUGGAGACGCUCAUUGACAGCUUCGUUUCAAUAGACGGAUUGAUCUCCGGGCAGGUCUGCGUUCCAGGCAGGAGAGCGGGUAACUAACCCACUGGCAAGCUACGCGCAGCAACCAUUGCAUUACAUUUGGAUUUUCUGAAAAACAGAGACUUUUUUCACCAUGAAUGCAAGAAAAGACUCUCAGGAGAACAGCAGAAUGAGAUCCUUCAAAGUGCCACAUGCCUGCACAGCAUUAUCCUUAGUAAUGUUGUUCCUUUCAGUCACUGGAACUUCAAAGAAAAAUAUCCCAAGACUUAAACUUUCCUAUAAAGACUUGCUGCUUUCAAACAGCUGUAUCCCAUUCCUGGGCUCAGCGGAGGGGUUUGAUUUUCGGACCCUGCUGCUAGAUGAGGAGAGGGGCCGGCUGCUAAUCGGAGCUAAAGACCACAUCUUUCUGCUCAGCUUGGUUGAUUUAAACAAAAAUGUAAAAAAGAUUUACUGGCCUGCAGCAAAAGAGAAGGUGGAAGUAUGCAAAUUAGCUGGGAAAGAUGUCCAGACAGAAUGUGCAAAUUUUAUCAGGGUUCUUCAACCCUACAACCGGACCCAUGUUUAUGUCUGUGGCACAGGAGCCUUCCACCCUAUCUGUGGAUACAUUGAACUUGGAAUACACAAAGAGGAAAUGGUAUUCAGACUGGACACUCAGAACCUGGAGUCUGGCAGGUUGAAAUGUCCUUUUGAUCCUCAUCAGCCGUUUGCUUCAGUAAUGACAGAUGACUACCUCUAUGCUGGAACAGCUUCUGAUUUCCUUGGCAAAGAUACAGCUUUAACACGUUCUCUGGGCCCUUCUCACGACCACCAUUACAUCAGAACUGACAUUUCCGAACAUUACUGGCUUAACGGAGCAAAAUUUAUUGGAACCUACCCCAUCCCGGACACAUACAACCCAGACGAUGACAAAAUCUAUUUCUUUUUCCGAGAAAUAUCUCAAGAUAGCAGCACAUCUGACAAAGCGAUCCUUUCCCGAGUUGGAAGAAUUUGUAAGAAUGAUAUGGGAGGUCAACGGAGCCUAAUAAACAAGUGGACAACUUUCCUGAAAGCAAGACUGGUGUGCUCAAUACCUGGCCCUGAGGGAGCAGACACAUAUUUUGAUGAGCUACAAGAUAUAUUCUUACUUUCCACAAGAGAUGAGAGAAACCCUCUAGUAUAUGGAGUCUUCACUACUACAAGCUCUGUAUUCAAGGGCUCUGCAGUUUGUGUGUACAGCAUGGCUGAUAUCAGAGCUGUUUUCAAUGGCCCUUACGCUCACAAAGAAAGUGUGGAUCAUCGAUGGGUACAAUACGAAGGACGUAUCCCGUACCCCCGGCCUGGUACAUGCCCAAGCAAAACUUAUGACCCCUUGAUUAAAUCUACCAGAGAUUUUCCAGAUGAUGUCAUUAGUUUUAUAAAACGCCAUCCAUUAAUGUACAAGUCGGUUUACCCGGUGACUGGAGGACCUGUAUUUACUAGAAUCAAUGUGGACUACAGGCUGACGCAGAUUGUGGUGGAUCAUGUCAUGGCGGAAGAUGGGCAGUAUGAUGUUAUAUUCCUAGGCACAGACACAGGAACGGUACUGAAGGUUGUGAGUAUUACAAAGGAGAAGUGGACUAUGGAGGAGGUAGUACUGGAAGAGCUGCAGAUUUUCAAGCAUCCAUCAUUUAUCUCAACUAUGGAGAUGUCCCUGAAGCAGCAACAAUUGUACAUUGGUUCCAAAGAUGGAUUGGUUCAGCUCUCCCUGCACAGAUGUCACACGUAUGGGAAGGCUUGUGCAGACUGCUGCCUUGCCAGAGACCCAUACUGCGCUUGGGAUGGAAACUCAUGUUCCAGAUAUGCACCAACUUCUAAAAGGCGAGCCAGGAGGCAAGAUGUCAAAUACGGAGACCCAGUCGCCCAGUGCUGGGAUGUGGAAGAAAGCAUUAGUCAUGAAACUGCUGAUGAAAAGGUGAUUUUUGGCAUUGAAUUUAAUUCAACUUUUCUGGAAUGCAUUCCUAAGUCCCAGCAAGCCUCUAUUAGGUGGUAUAUUCAACGCUCUGGAGAAGAACAUCGAGAAGAGCUGAAGGCUGACGAGAGAAUCAUCAAAACGGAAUACGGGCUGCUGAUCCGCAGCCUGCAGAGAAAGGACACAGGGGCGUAUUACUGCAAAGCACAGGAGCACACGUUCAUUCACACCAUCGUGAAGUUAAAUUUGAACGUCAUAGAGAACGGGCACAUGGAAAGCACUCAGAAAACGGAGGAAGAAGAGGGACGGGGGAGAGAUUUGCUUACUGAGUCGCGGCUGAGGUACAAGGAUUACAUCCAACUCGUCAGCAGCCCCAGCUUCAGCCUGGAUGAGUAUUGUGAACAGAUGUGGCACCGGGAGAAACGGCGGCAGCGGAACAAAGGUGGGGCAAAAUGGAAGCACAUGCAGGAGAUGAAGAAAAAGCGAAAUCGAAGGCACCAUGAACCUGUCAGCAGCCCACAUGCCAGGCCUACAUCUACGUAGUUUUAUAGUCUAUUUAAAGAAAGGACGUUUAACAUGCAAAAAUACUGUGUUCUGUUUUGUGCAUCCUUCCUAUUAAUUAAUAUUGCUUCACACUGAGAUUAGAUAACGCACAGUCAUUAUGGGUCUGUACAGGACUGCACUGUAAUACUGGAAUAUUAUAGCAAAUGACAAAUUCCUUAUUUGAGCACCGCACUCAAGGCAAUAAUUCCAAAUCUGGGUUUUUUCCCAGAAAUUCAGAUUUUGUAGCUAACACUUAGUGAGAAGCUGAUUCAUGACAUAUGUCAUGUGGGUGUUCCAUGGCUUCCCUGGCAUAAUUUUUAUAUGAGAUUUAAAGUCUUUGUUACAGUGCAUUAUUAAUUGACUGCUACAUUCCACCCGAGAGUUGGCUGCAGUUCAGGGGUAUGUAGAUGUAUUUGUAAAAGUGCUUGGGGUCUUGUAAGGAUGGGAGGUGCCAUAUAGAUACAGGCCAUUUUGUGACAGAUCUGCAAAACUAUACUAAAUUACCCAUUGGACAUAUAUUUAGGUACAUGGGUGGCAUUUGCUAACACAGAGAAGCAAAGCAAAAAAUCAAAUUAAAUAUAAGCUUAGCAGUAACACUCGUUUUCCCCUUUAAAAAUGUGAUCACAUUUUAAGAGGAGGAAAUGUAGAGCUUUAUUCAUUAGGACAAAAGCAGCCUCUAGUUUGCAGUCCCUCUGCUGAAAUGUAAUCUUGACUCAAAUUGAAACUGCCAGCAAGAUAUUGGAGAGUAAAUUUCGUAAGCACGUGGGAGGUACGUGCACAAACCCUAUUAACAAAUAAUGGGAUUUCAGCCUUCACCUCUAUUGUCUUGCUGAAGAUUUUAUCCUGAAUGUCUCCACUCACCUCUACAACUCUAACCCCCAGCUGGCUUCAUUUUCUGGAGUAUGGUUAGUUUGUUGUGGAAAAAAAGAGGAGCGGAGAACACACACGCACAAAAACCCUCCCACACUUGAUGACAAAAGACAAUGAGGGAAACAUAUUUGGUGACAGACAGAAACUGACAGUGCUCUUACGCCAGGUAUAACAAUGGGGAGAGAGCAGACAUUCCUCAGACUUGUGUAUUUGUUUUAUAAAAGUUCUUGUGUAUUUCAAACAAGGCAUUGUGUUGUUGGAAUUAAUACUUUUUUAUUAUAAUUAAAUAAAAACAAAAAGACCCCACAUGUAAAUAAACAGAAGUAGAAGUUAGAGAUGAGCAGCUUUGCGAUUUACAAUAACAUCAUUUGUAAAGUGUUCCUAGUUUUACUUUCUGCGCUUUAAUAAGAUAAAUUUUCUUGUAUGAGCAAGAGACACUGUGCUUCCUUCAGAUCUGAUUUACACCAGUGUAACUCCAUUGACUUCAUUGGACUUUCUCCCAAUUUACACUAGUGUAAGCAAGAUCAAAAUCGGGGCUAUUGCCUCUUCUCAUGCUUCGCAGCCCCUCUCCCCCACUCUACCAAACCUCCCCCUUUCUGCCUUUCACGCCUCUUUGAGUGUGAAAUGACAAAUUAGCCACUUCCUCACAUGGAAGAAAGCUUUGAUGGAUACUAAACCGACAGACUUUACUUGUUUCUCAUGCAUUCUACAUGUCUUGAGAGCAAAGUCUGUGGGAACGCCAUGUAAUUGGUGUGCAAUUCAUUAAGGAACCAAGAACUUUGGCUCUGCAUGCUGGAGAUUAUCCCUAUCCACUACCCAAUAUGUGUGUGCAUUCAGUUCCUGAUCAAUAAUUGUGUCCAUACAAUCUGUGCCAUUGUACAUUUCCUUUCUGAUAAAUGAUACAAAUAUGGUGAUGUGUUUUUCAGAUUGUAGAAAGGAACCUCAGCUGACUCAAGUUUAUUGUAAAAAAAACUAAAACGGAAUGUGCAUGUAUUGUAUAAAGACAGAGAUUUUAGAUUCUUUGUUUUUUUCAUUAAGAUACAUUAGUUAAUUAGAAGGCAUUAGGUAGUUUGUGUACAGUACUUCGAUAGUGUACUCUGCAAGUGUUCAAUAUUAUAAAAGAUGAGAGGGGAGUUUCAUUGUACAGGUCCUUUAAUCAAAGAGACUGAUGUCCUAGGCUCUUAUUAGUAAGGUUAGUCCUUACUACUCUGAGUAGCCUAUUAAUGUCUAUAGAACUUUUCACAGUAGUAACCAUUAUGCUCAGAAAUCAGCUUGUACAGCAAUAGGACCUUAGGCCAAGAUUUUCAAAAGUGACUAGUGAUUUUGACUGCCCUUAUGUUUGUUGCCCAGUUUGAGACUCCAGAAGGGGUGUUAUCCUGUUAUUCUUUUUGAGGCCCCUUUAAGAAAUCUCAAGUUGGACACCCAAAAAAUGAGACACUCAAAAUCUUGAAUCCCUUUAGAAUUUUUUUGCCUAAGGAUGACUGCAGUCACCAUACAGAACCCACCGAUGUAUUCCUUGUUGUAUUUUAUCAGUCCAGAGAGUACCAUCUCUCAGACUUGGUCCUCCGGGGAAUGAGUGGUGCCAUGCCAUGACUAAGCUAAGGUGCUAGCAUCAACUAAUCCAUCUUAGGCCCGUGCUUACAUGUACUGACAAGGGGCCUGCUCCUUCUCCCACUGAAGUCAAUUGGCUCAGUAUUGUAAUUAUUGAUUACAGCACAAACCCUACUUACCUUCUUCAUGAAAGUAGAACCAUUGGACUCACAGUGCCCCUACUCAAUGAGAUAAGGUGAACAGGAUUUGGCCCUAAAUAAGCUGUUUGUGUUUGUUCAGUACUUUUUUCCAUCUUCCUUGAGAGCUGAACAGAACUGGUUUCCUUUCGGUUUAAAUAGCUUUGCAGAGUCUAGUGCUACAAUCCUUGCACAAAACUCCCCGUCAACUUCAACAGGAGUCUUGAGGGCCUAAGGGCUGCACCGCUGGGACUGUGAGCAUUAAAAGAUUGAAUUAAAUGUUACUACUCUUAAAUUCAAGGGGUUUUAUUUUCUUUUAAGUGUUCUUGCAAUAGGAUUCCUCUCAGAGGACUGACCUCAACUCUGCUGUGUGGAGUAGCAGAGUGAAGACCCAAGCGAGGAAUGAGGCCAAUUCUAUCCUGAGGAAAUAAAUUCAAUAUCCUCCAAGUCAUUAUACCAUAUUGGAUUCAUACCACCCCGGGGAGGGGGUAUUUAAUAAUAUUGUGCAGAUAAAAAUCUGUGGUUCAGUACAUUUUAUAAGUGAUGUAUGUUGAACUAGCACACUGCUUCUCAUACACAGCAGUAGAUGAUACACUGGUAAUGAUUCCAAGGGGCACUGGGGACCAGUAAAUUAGCUAGAUAGUCCAGGGAACACUGGGGAAGGGUAAGAAGGGAUUUCUUUAGACAGUUGUUUGUUAUUCAGUCAAAAACCAAGGUCAGGAGUAAGAGUAGUGGAUCCUUCUGUAAUGUACAAUCCCAAAGACAGGCUCAAAGGAGAACAGAAUGAGCUAACCCAAGAAUUUUAGCCACAAGAGCCAGACAAGAAAGGAUUCCCUUCCUGUAAAAAAAAUCAGUUAUAUAUAUUCAGUUAUGUAUUUUUAAUUUAAAGGCCCAAACCUGGAUCUACUUAACUUUCAAAAUGAGGACUUGAGUCCAGUGUGCUGCUGGGCUGUACGAUGAGCCACAACAGGCUCAUAGUUAAAAUGGAACUGAACCCAGCCUCCUUAAAGGGCUCAAUAAAAGUAAUGCUACCCAAACUUUGGGUUGAGAGUGGAAAAAGUUACCUCCACAUUAAUAACUGAAGGUUCUAAAUAGAUCCCCUAGUGCAGACUUUAAAAAAAUACUUUGGUCCGAUCAGUAAUAAAUGCUCUUCCCCUACCUCAAAAAAACAAAAACAAACAAAAAAAACCUCCUUCUCCCCUCACUUCAAAACAUAACUUGUGUUUGCCUGAGUUCCAUCCAUUUCAGACAGGCUGUCAGAACAGCCAGUGCGGCUUGUAUUGUAGUUGUUAAAGCUUGCAUCAGGUUUUAGAAUUCUAACAUCCAACAGAUUCCUAAAUACUGUAUUCCUGAAGUCAGUUAAAAUAAAACUGGCAGUGGUAUUAGCAGACAAAGGAAUAAAGCGUUUAACACUUAUUCUGUUAAAUUUGUUCUUUUGCUGGAAAACAUUCUAGGGACGUGUGAAUAUGUAUUCAUUCCAUAAGCAAACAGUUUUCUGAGCAAGCGGUUAAAUUUACACAUCUACUGAGGAGCCAAGAUCCUUGAUUUUGCCAGUCCAUUGGACCCUGGUUCUUAUCUCAAUUAUACUGAUGUACGCAAUUAAACUUAAUGGAAUUACUCUUGAUUUACAUUCAUGUGAGAUCAGAAUUGGGCCCAUAGUCUAAAACGCUCUGAAAUUUUAAUCAAAUCUAUGUAAGUCUUGAUAUGCACCUACUAUUUACAAAUCCCUUAUCAAAAAUUAAUACAUGAUUAGUGGAACAUGAUUUUCCUACUAAACCGCUGUCAUGUGUAUGACUGUUUUGUAGGGACCUACAUAAAUAAUUGGAUGCAUUCUAUUUUAUGUGUAACACAAGGUUAUUGCAACUGAUUGAUAUGAGCUGAAAAUACUUACAGAGUCAGCCCCCAUGGAUGUCAGUGAUCUAAGUCCCAUUGGCUUCAGUGGAAUAUAAAUCUGAAUCUAAUCAAAGUAAUUAUAGCAAGUUAUUCCAAGACGCAACUUAGAUUGUAGAUAACUAUGUAGAGAUUCAUUAUAUAGAGAAGAUUCAGGAGUUAACGGCAUGGAAGGCACUGGAAUUACACCUGCGUGACAGGAAAAUCAAAUCCACAUGUGUCUCCAAUAUAUUCUGUUACAAUUUAUGAAAAUUGAAGCCCUUAUUAUAUUUUACCUUAGUGUCACAAAUAUUACUCAGAAUUAGGCUUCUGUGAUUAGCUGAUGUGUGAAAUCCUUUGUAAUUGUAAUCCAACUUUUGAGGUAUAUAAAACAAAUUCAUUAUAGACAGGAAAAGGAAGGAUAAAGAACAGCCCGUGAGAGAAUUUUAAGGCUGUUUUUUUACUUCCAUCUAGUAUUUUAAUGAUGAUAAACUUAAAAGUGUCCUAGCCAGGCACACAUUUUCACAGUGCUGAAUAUUUAAAUACAUUAUAAUACUGGGAUAACAGAUAAUCACCAAUGUUUGGCUAAAGGGCCUGAUCCUGCUCUGAUUGAAAUUAAUGGGAGUUUUGCCACAAACUUCAAUGGAGCAAGAUUGGGCUCUUAAUUGUUCAGGUUUGGUUUUAUAUCCUACCAUCUGAGUCUGUUGUCUCAAGCUAUUGGGACAAAUCCUUCCUUGGUUUUCACUCAGUCAUCACUUAAGCAAACUCUUGCUGACCUUAAAAAAAAAAAAAGACUAGGCAAAUCAGUGAAGAUUUCAGGAUUUGACUCAUUGUUUAGUGUAUAAAGUUAAACAUACUAGAAGGCCCUUUAAUAUAUGCUCAUCUCAGACAAUGUUUUCUUAGGCACUUGUGUUUGUAUAGAUUAGUGUCUACCACAAACUUUCCUAAUGUUUUGACACAAAACAAUUCAGUGACUGACAGAUGUAAACCAGAUCUGGCAAGACAAAUCACAGAUCGGAAGGUGAAAUUUCCAUCAAUAAUGAGAUUUUGAAACUCUUGUUUAAAGUUGGUCUUUUUCCUCUUUAUUGUAUUGUCAUCGUGUACAGUUCCCCAGUUUAAAAUCAAUGUCUGUUGGUGAUGUAAGAACCAAAACAACAUGUCCAGGUGGCUUUGAUUACUGCUAUGGACCGCUAGUUAACAGUUUCAAAUAGUCUGUGCCAAGACAGUCAUUUGUCCACUUAUGGCAGUCAUGAUAUUUUUAAUGGACCCAGACAUGUCUCAAUUUUGGUGGUGUUUUAUAUUCUGCUCCAUUACUCUUAUUAUAUAGACGUGCCUUUGGCUGCUUUUUGUGUUCUAUCAUUUUGUUCUUGCUACUCCUGCUCUUAAAUGGAACCAUGUCCAAGACCAGACAUUUUCUGAAUAUUCAACAUAUGUGGUAACAGUGACUGGAACAGGAGGCUUAGGCAGAUAACUUGUCUGCAAAGGUGUGUCAUGGCUGCCCUGGGCAGAGCCUUGUGGGCUUCACAACUUUUAUGAGUUUUGAAAGCACUUAGCACUUCAUAGGACAGUACCAUAUGUCUGCCUAUAGGCUGAAAGCAAGGAUCAGUUUACAAAACUUGCAUUUAUUAUACUUCAAAGCAUCACCUACAGUUAUAUAAUUUAGCAAAAGUUCCAAAAAUCUGACAGCUAGAAAUGGUCAAUUUUUAAGAGGAAAAUAAUACUUUAUCAAAGUGUGGCCAUUUUCCAAAAAUGAAAUAUUUUUGGGAAAAGUUUUCAUAUUUUUGAAGUUUUCCAUUUUUUCAAAAAAAAAUCAAUAGAAAUUUGUAAAGAAAAGAUUUGCCUGCUUGUUGCUUUUCAAAAUGUAUAUUUGCGUGGGGUGGGGGGGAGAAGGGGAGAUUGCAUGGCCAAUUUUGAUUGGUUAUCUUAAGGCUUAUUUCCAUGAGGAAAAAAGCCCAGAGUAGCUGGUGUGGAGCAGCUAGUGCACACUAGCUACUUCACAUUAACUCUCUGUGUGGACAUACUUACUCAGCACUAAGAGCGCCUUUGUGUGCUUUAAAGCGUAACAGUAUCCACACGGGUAGCUAGUGCAUUUUAAAUUCACACCCUAGCUUAUUAGUCCAUACUAACUUCCCCAGGCAGACAAGCCCUUAGUCACAAGGGAUUUUUUAAAAAGCAUUUUUUGAAAAUUUCAGUUUGAAAAUGAAUUAUUUUUAUGCAAGAAAAUCCAGAAAAAUGAAAAUAUUACAAAUGAUGACAGCAUGGAAAUUGCUCUCAAAUGUCCCAAAACUCACCCAACUUUAAAAAAAAAUCAACCUGCUCUAAAGGAUUCCUUAAGUUCUGUUACUUAUGAUUUCUUCAUGACUUAAAUUGAAGAGAUUUCUAUGUAAAGUAAAUGUAAAAAAUUCAUUUUAAUUUUGCUUUUCAACAUGUUGACAUUGUAAAAACUGGACUACAUUACUAUUGGAUAAGAAGCACAGAAAUCUAUGAAACAUACAAAUCAAGAGAGACUGAUCUAUAAUCUUUUCCAUCACUUGUAUGAAGUUGCAUGUUUCUCCCCCCUCUCCCCCCCCCCCAAUUAAUGACAGAAAAAUUCAAAUAUCUCAGGAUAAGUCUGGCUGGGAAGAAAGGAAACUGAUCAGAAGCUCUCCAAAUGCUCUCAAGAAAAAAGUAAUGGCCAAGCAGACUGACCAAAAGGAAUUUGGUUAAUGCCUCACAUUCUAUCAGUAAGGUUAAUAUUUUCACAUAAGGCAAAACUCACACUAUUUCAGAAAUCCAGCACAAGAACUAUGCACCACUUAAAGCCAUGUUAUAGGGCUUAACUGGUUCUUAGACUGACUUUCUGUGCAGGAGUCAAUUUCACAUUUAUAGUAUCAUUAUUUAUAGAGUAAUAUGGGAAAAAACACUUUUGGUGGAAAGGGCCCAUUUAUGAAUUACCAUGUCUAAAUAUAGAGGCACAGUGGGUGAAGCAAUAUCUUUUAUUGGACCAACUUCUGUGGGGGAAAGAGACCAGCUUUUGAGCUUACACAGAGCUCUUCAUUCUGGGUAAACCUGAAAGCUUGUCUCUUUCCCCCACAGAAGUUGGUUCAGUAAAAGAUAUUACCUCACUCACCUUCUCUCUUUAAUAUCCUGGGACUGACACGGCUGCAACAAUACUACAAGCAAUAUAGUUAAUUAUGUAACAUCAUAACUAAAGCAUUGUACAUGGUCACUAACUAGCUUUGAGUUUGGCAAUCCUGCUGUUUUAACAGGAAUUCCAAUCUUGUAAUCCAAAGGUAUCUGAAACUGUUAAAUGUAUAUUUUGGUUUUAUUAUAAUAAAUAGCAAAUUCUGACAGAA